AUGUUUACUAAAAAUAAAUUAAUAAUACUCUGGUUGGGACUAACGGCUACGCUAUGCGGUUGUGAUUUUGAAAAAACUAAUAUUUUUUCUGAAACAAAUGGUGCGUUUUACACUGAAGAUGCGGUCAUUAUUAAUGCGGCAGUGAAGCGCGUGCGCCGUGAAGCAGUAAACACUACUCGAAAUGACAAGCAAAUGCUACUGCUGCGACUUAGACAGGGACAAACAAUGGACGAUGGUGCUUUCGGGUUGGAUUGUGAAACAACUAUAGGCAAGAAGGGAACAUGUAAGAGUUUUCGCGAUUGCUACCCACUUUUCAAGGUGGUUGAUCUAUCCGGGUGGGACGGAUGGGUGAUGGGUCACUACGAUACAUGCAGUUACGUCAAUUCUAACAAUAUGGAGGUAUUCGGAGUAUGCUGUACGGAACCAGUAGGUACGCCACCACAGCAAGAGCCUGAUGUUCAACGACUCGGCGUAGUUCCUCCAGUGAUACCAGCGCAAGCACCGCUUGCCCAUUUUGCCGGGUUUUCGGGAGGCAUCGUGUCUGCGUUAUCACAUCAGUGGACGUUUGGGGACGCGAACCGUGUAAGAUAUAUACCAGCCAACUGGCCACCAACUAUCCCGCCGCUGCCAACUCACCCACCUCAUCACACUGCGGCUACGCAUCCGCCAUCGAUUGUCGCAGGUAAUGUAGAGCCAACUACAAACAAACCAACUACUUGGGGAACAAAGCCUCCAGCAAGCACUACGAAGCAGACAUGGCCUCCUAUAUAUCCAACACAACCAACACAACCAACAAAGCCAACAGGUCAGCCUUCUGUGGAUAGUUCAUGUGGUAUAAAGAAUGGCCCUCAGUUGCAAGAUGAAGAAAGAAUAGUGGGUGGCCAUAACGCUGAAUUGAACGAGUGGCCAUGGAUUGUGGCGCUAUUUAACGGUGGCCGGCAGUUCUGCGGUGGUUCCCUCAUUGACGAUAGACACAUUCUCUCCGCAGCGCACUGUGUAGCUCACAUGACCUCAUGGGAUGUGGCUCGUUUGACCGCACGUCUUGGCGAUCACAAUAUUCGCACUAACACCGAAACUCAACACAUUGAGCGCAAGAUCAAGAGAGUUGUGAGACACAGAGGUUUUAACAUGCAGACAUUGUACAACGACGUUGCGUUAUUGACGAUAGACCAUCCAGUAACGUUCUCAAAGACAAUUCGACCUAUAUGCUUGCCUAGCGGCGGCAAAGCAUACGCUGGUCUUGUGGCUACUGUGAUCGGAUGGGGAAGUUUGCGAGAAAGUGGACCUCAGCCAUCAGUUUUGCAAGAAGUAACAAUUCCAAUUUGGCAAAACUCCGAUUGUAGGUUGAAGUACGGGUCUGCGGCUCCUGGUGGAAUUGUUGAUCACAUGAUUUGCGCAGGCAGGGCCAGCAUGGACUCGUGUAGUGGUGAUAGUGGUGGUCCUUUAAUGGUGAACGAGGGUAGUCGAUGGACUCAAGUUGGAGUAGUCUCUUGGGGUAUUGGUUGUGGAAAGGGACAGUAUCCCGGCGUUUAUACGCGAGUAACAUCAUUCUUGCCUUGGAUACAGAAAAAUUCUAAGAACUAA